GACUUCCUCGCAAACGGGGAGAAGGUUGCGCCUGUGCGGAGUCACUUCCUGCUCCGCCUCUCCUGGGGGAAGCCUGGUGGGAGAGGGGAGACCCAAAGGAGCUUUUAUGUAUAUACUGCAUAUUGCAUCUCCGGAAAGCGGGAGGAUCUCCUGGGAUUUGAGGGAUCAGGCAAAGGAUCCCGACCUAGAAUCCAGCUGUGAACUCUGGAGGGCCUGCCAUUUCCGCACUUGAUUUGGUGGGAGGCUCAUUUCACACACCCCAAUUCAGGCCAGCCUUGGCCCCGGAACCAAAAUGGCGGAAGAUCAUGGCGAUGCAUCCGAUUUUGCCGCAGAGACGAUCAGAAAGUUGGGUGUGAAGACUGAGAAGCAGGACCCAGUGGACACCGAGACAGGGAACGGCAUAGGGAAAGAGCCUCGUGCCGCCCAGCCUGAGAGUGCCAAGGGAUUCUGGGAGGGUGCCGCACUGCACCAUGUCAAAUGGGAGCGCGAGGGGGCAGCGCAAGGAUGCUGGGAGACUCAGUGGCAGCGGUUUCUGAGGGCGGUACAGUCCCCGCACUCGGAACAAGGAAAGGCCCCACAGCCGGAACCUGGACUGAGGGAUGUUUCUCAGGCCGAUCUGCCUCCCUUUGAGGGAGUGUCGGAGACAGGCCUGCAGCUGAGGAGACAGGAAGGGGCUCAACUCCUGCCCAGCGGUGAAGCCCAUAAGAACUCGGGGACCGAAGGCGAGGUCCUUGUUCCUGGGAUGGUAAAGGAAGAGGACCUGGAUGCAGAGAGUGUCCGCCAGCACUUCCGGCAGUUUUGCUACCGGGCGGCCGAGGGGCCCCGAGAGGUUUGCAGCCGCCUCCGGGACCUUUGCCGACAGUGGCUGCAGCCGGAGAGGCACACCAAGGAGCAGAUCCUGGAGCUGCUGGUGUUGGAGCAAUUUCUGACCGUUCUGCCUCCGGAAGUCCAGGCCUGGGUCAGGGAGGGAAGCCCGGAGUCCUGCGCACAAGCAGUGGCCCUGGCUGAGGACUUCCUGCUGCAACAAUCCCGAGAGGAGGAGAGAUGGGAAGAGGAGGUGGCAGGGGUGUCUAAGGAGGUAGCUGCCCAGUCUUCAGAGGCAGAGCAGGCUCCGUCAGACACCUGGCAGGCGGUGCUCUGCAGAGAGGUCAAGCAGGAGGGGGACAGAGACACCACCUAUGCAGCAGAUGAACAGAAGAGGCCAUUUGUGAUGGAGCAAAAUUGGACAGGACGUCCCGGGGAAGAAGAUCCACGUGGGAUAUUGGCAGAAAGGGAUAAACGGAGCAUUGCCCAGUGCCCGAUUCGGGGAGCAACUUCUGAAAUCCAAGAGGGGAAGGAAAGGGGUGCAGUCACGAAUUCUUGGGGAGAUGAGAAAGGACUGGAGGGAAAUGGCAAGGGAGCAAAGGCCGACCUUGAAUGCAGGAAAGCGCUUGGACACGAUUCUGAAAACGAAAUAAACCUUGGGCAAGAGAAGCUGUGCAAGUGCCCAAUCUGCGGGCAAAGCCUUAGCAGGAGAACGGGGCUCCUUAUACACCAGAGGAUCCACACGGGAGAGAAACCCUACAGCUGCUCGGUCUGCAGGAAAAGCUUCCGGCACAAGUCGGUCCUUAUUCGACAUCAGAGAAUCCACACGGGAGAGAAGCCACACAAGUGCCCCGACUGCACCAAAAGCUUCCGGGACAGAUCCGCUUUGGAUGUGCACCAGAGGACACACACGAGGGAAAAGCCCUAUCAGUGUUCGGACUGUGGGAAAAGCUUCAGCCAUCGCUCCAACUUGAUUACUCAUGAGCGGAUCCACACGGGAGAGAAGCCGUUCAAGUGCUUGGAGUGCGAGAAAAGCUUCAGCGACCGGUCGUCCCUGACAGCACACAAACGGGCCCACACAGGAGAGAGGCCCUACAGGUGUGCUGAGUGCGGGAAGAGCUUCUCUCAGAGCUCCAGCCUCCUUUCGCACCAGAGAAUCCACACGGGGGAGAGGCCCCACGAGUGCCCGGAUUGCGUGAAGUGCUUCCGCGACAAAUCUGCUUUCUUCGUUCACCGGAGGACCCACACGAGAGAGAAGCCGUAUAACUGCUCUGGCUGUGGGAAGAGCUUCAGCCAUCGCUCCAACCUGAACACGCACGAAAGGAUACAUACAGGGGAGAAGCCUUACAAGUGCUUGGACUGUGGGAAGACCUUCGCCCAGAGACCAAGCCUUACUGCACAUGAGAGAAUCCAUUCCAAAAAGACAUUGCAGGACUGCUGAAAGG